CCUUGACAUUAAAUGCAACUUCCGCUUUUGGUUUGUUAAGUUGCUAACCCUCUAUCUGACACGUAACGAGACACUCAUUCAUUCAAGACACAAUGACUGAGGAAGGGAAGAAUUCUACUACAGAGAGUUAUCAAUGUACACUCUCUCCAGAACUGGCCCAAAAGGCUGAAAGGGAAUUAAAUGAGAAGCCAGAAUGGAGAAGUCGAGAUAUUCAAGCUCUCAGAGAAAUGGUGAAUAAAAAUACAGAACUUCACAUCAGGACAGAUGAUGCUUUCUUACUGCGCUUCCUGAGAGCCAAAAAAUUUGAAUAUGACCGAGCAUACAAUCUUCUCCUGUCUCAUUUCCAAAUGAAGAAGGAAAACCCGAAGUUGUUUGAAAAUCUCUGUCCUUCAGCUGUCAAACAUGUUUUAGAGGCGGGAAUAACUGGAGUGCUGCGUCAUCGAGAUAAGGAGGGUAGACGUGUAAUGGUAUUUAGACCUGGAAAAUGGGAUCCAAGUCGAUUUCCUAUAGACGAUGUGUUUAGAACAAACUUCAUUUCACUGUCCAAGAUUAUACAGGAUGAAGCUACCCAGGUUAAUGGAGUUGUGAUGGUGAUGGAUUUAGAAGGUGUUGGAUGGGCUCAUGCUAAAAGCAUUUCCCCAUUCUAUGCAAAACGUGCCAUGUCUUUGUUACAGGAAGAAGAAACUCAAAUUAAUGGGAUGAUGAUGAUUAUGGACUUAAAGAAAGUUGGCUGGAAGCAUGUGAAGAAUAUAUCCCCUAUGUACAGUAAAAAGAUAUUAAGCCUUUUACAAGAUGCUUUUCCAGCAAGAUUCAAAGGAAUCCAUUACAUAAAUGAACCAGCAGUGUUUGAUUACAUUUUUGCUAUUGCAAAGCAGUUUAUGAAAGAAAAGACUGUCAGUCGACUUCAUUUCCAUGGAAAGAAUGUGAGUGAACUGACAGAAUAUAUUGAUCCUGAAUACCUACCAGAGGACUACGGUGGAAAAGCACCUCCAUACUCAAACACAGACUGGAUGCAAGAAAUACUCCUGUGUGAAGCAGAAUUUAAUGAGGAGGCCAAAUACGGACUGACUUCUGGUUCCACAAUUAACCAGAAAUCUGGUCAGGAUGCCAUGGAGUGUGUGAUGGGGAGUUACAGAAAGCUCAGUGUGGAGUGAAGAAUGCAGUUCUACUGAAAGCUCAGUGUGAAGUGAAGGGAGGCUGCAGUUCUUGUCUUUAAUUUAAGUUGUUCUUCUUGUCUUUAAUUUAAGUUGUUACUUGUUGACAUUAUUUUGGUCAAAAUUGUUGAAAAUAUGAAGUUAGUGGUUAUGUAAUUUAUGUUUUAUUUUUUUUCCCUUGGGGGAAAAAAAGGAGGGAAUUUUAAGGAAGAAUAACCCAUUGUCAUAAUGGCCGACUUCUUUUUGAAACUUGAGUGAAAAUAUAAAUAUCAGUAAUACAUGUAUAUUUCUUUUAAAUCGAAUUGCUUAGCUGGGUAGCUCAGUAGGUUAACAUGUCUGCUGGUCUGUGAUUUCUGAUUUCCAGUCUAGCAGAAGUUUUAAUUUUUUCCAGAUUACUUUCUACUGAAACCACAGGCAAUUAUAUCACUCUGGUUAGAAUUCAGUAUUAAAGAGUAAAUUUGAACCUAAGUGAUAUAAUUGCCUGUAACUGAAACUGCAUUUAUAUUUAGGUAAAUUUGAAAUUUUUCAGUUUCAAAAUGUUAUUGUACAUAUCCUCCACCUUCCAUCCAUAUUAGAUUUCUUUGGUAUGUUAUUCUUCAUUCACAGUACCGGUAAUAUUUUUUUGAAUAGUGUCCUUGAUUUACCAGUGAUUAUUUAAUCUUUAUAUUGCAGUACCUUUGAUUUACCAAUGAUAUUUAACCUUAUGAUAGUAGCCUUGAUUUAUCAGUCAUUUAGUUAACCUUAUUGGUGUUUCUGCAUUUGCUCCAAAACGUGAAUUAUUUUUUUGAAAAUUGAAAAGUAGGAUCUGUUAAACCGGUAGCUGGCCAUGUUUUGCUGCUUGUCCACUGUGUAGUGUUAGAUCUGUGAUCGAACUUUAUUUUUUUAGAAGAUUUUUCUUUCCAUGUGUAUGUCAUUUUUUUUUUUUACAUUUUUUUUUUUUCAUUUUUUUUCCCUUGCCAAUAGUGAUGAAGCAUGUAGCAGAUAUAUACAGCAGUGAUUCAUAAUCGGUUAUUUUACUAAUGUGACUUUUCUGUUUUUUGUGUAAUCAACUGCAUUACUGAUCUCAAACUAUAUACAGUGUAUUUCCUUGUUUAAUCAGUAAUGAUAAUUUCUGAUUUGAUUGCUUGGGAGUUUCUGCGGCUUUGCUCAUUUAUUAUGAUUAUGUGUGAAGAUGUGAAACGAAUGUGGUAAAUAUACAUAUAUAUUUACGUUUCCACAGUUUUUGCCCUUGAUAUCUCUACAAAUUGUGAUGACAGCCAUUUCCUCAUGAAUGUGUUGCAGUUGUAAACAAUGCGCGUAUGAAUACAGAUAAAUAUAGUACGUCUAAUUUAAUGACUGGGGAUUCCAACAAAAAUAAAAGUAAUGCUACACAGUUUUUCAUGAAGUAUGCCGGUGUGAAGUGUAACAGUUCGUACCCUCAUGGAAUUUAUUUCUUAAAUAUACAUUCAGGAUGGUUCAACUUCAUCCCCACAGAAGGGAAUGCUAGAUUUGUCCUCAGCAGUCUGCUACAUACUGGUUCAAUACUCUAUACACUGGUAUGUGUAUGUGUUUAGACAUUUCAAAAAUGAAAUCUUGAUUUCAAGAAUUACAAGGAUAUAGAUUGCCUCAUCAAUACAUUGUGUAUGUCUUUUCUGGUGAAACUUGUAAGAAGAGUCACUUGGCAUUACGAUCUUGUUUCUUAUUUGUUUUUAAACGCUACAUUAAAAUAUCACUGGAAAGGAAAUUUCUUGAGUACAGGAUUAUAGUGAUAUUUUGUAUCUGAUGUCAAAUUUUGAGGAAUUUUACCUUGCUCUUGGUAUUUACCACUAUACACGGUCUAGUGAAGGGAAAUUUUGUAGUAAAGUGUAUUUUGUGUUCAAUUUUGUACAAAGAGUUAGGUUCCUGUUGGUUUUCUAGGUUAAAUAUGUAGGUCAAUAUCACUAGAAAAUUGAUUCAGAAGUUCCUUGUGUGGAUUUGGUAUUUGAGUUCAAUAAUUUAAAUAUAUUUUAUGGAGAAACUCAAUAGGAUCGGGCAACAGGCAUAGCCUAUGUAGGCCCUCUUCCAAAGUUCAAUGCUCUUGCAGGGAUGCUAUCUUGUCCAUACUGAUAAAUCUGGAUUCCAAUUGUUUUUCAAAAUUAUAAGUAUAGUGUAAUAGGUCAAUGGAAACUUAACUCGCAUUUCUUAUUGAUUUUAUUGGUUAAAAAACUAGGGAAUUGGAAAUAUGCCAUUUUGCAAGGGGAUGCUUUGCUUUGAAAUGUUUUAUAUUGAUUUAAUGAAAAGUUUAACAAACGAAGACAUUCAGUUUCUGAGUUUGAUGCAGCUCCUGAGACCAGGUUUUUAUGCUUGUCUUAUAUGCAAGAAUGACAUGCUCUCAGGAAUUCACCCUUAAUGCAAGAAUGAACAUGUGCUCUGAAUGUGUGACCUCAUCAAACCCAAAACUAUAUAUUUAGACUUUUGUCAUGUCAAUAUCUUUCCAAAGAAUGAUUUUUACUUAUUAUGUUUUCAAUUCUAAACAAUUUCAAAUGAACGUGUUCAGAAUUUGAAAUUGUUAAGCAAACAUUUUGUUUAAGUACACAUUGUUUUAAAGUCAAAACAUCAAAUCAAUUAUAAAAAUAUUUGAAAUGUGUUUGGAAUGUUAAUAUUUUGGACUUUUUAAUCAAAAUAUUGAACCAAUGAAUCUUGAAACUUUUGCACUUUUUGGAAAAAUAUUUAAAAGAUUCUAAAACUUAAAUCCAUUUUAGAAAUUUAAAAACAUACAAAUUUUGACCUUAUUCAUUUGAAUUUUGCAUGAAUACCAGGUGAAUACGUACGUACAAUGUAUUUCUUACUGUUCAUCUUUUCAUUUGUACAAAAUUUAAUGGAUUUCAUAUACGAGAAUCAUUCAAGCCACUUUUUUCUAUGUAUGCCUUUAAUGCAAACAGCAUAGACAUUAUUCCUGAAGUAAGAGCAACACAAGUCUCUUUUUAUCAUCAUUGUUUUGUUUUCUGUGAAUAUGACAAUCUUGUAAAUUAUACAUGUAUAAGAGACUCAACAUGUUUCUCACGUUCUCAUGGUCUGAAUUCAAGUUUUGUUUCGAGGUGGUUUUAGUGUACAGACUACAGGUCAGUACAUGUGUGAUUGUGGGUUUGUUUUGUUUGUUUGUUGUUGUUUUUUUUCAGGAACCCUCAGUUCUGAGGCAUAUAAAAUGUUUUCUUGUCCGUCUGUCAGUGGCAAAAAGAUAUAACAUAUCAUAAUUAUGGUUAUAAUUUUUAGGUCCCCUGAGUCACUCGGGUGACCUAUUGAUCCAUGUCUGUUGCCGUGCAUUAACAAUUGAACAGUUUUAACUUUGUCUAAAUAACUACCAUUCCAAUUCUUUUCAAAUUUGGUAUGAAGCAUCUCUGGGACAAGAGGGACAUAAAUUGUUAAUUUCAGGACUCCUGCCUCUCCAGGGCCUAAGGAUUUGGGCAAAAUAUGCCAAAAAUUGACUGAUUUUCAAAAUCUUUUUCUCUACAACCAUACAUCUAUAAUAAAAAGUAAAUGCAUAGUCAUAGAGCAGGAAUUUUAAGUUUCAUGAUUCCUGGGGAAGAGGUUCUGACUCCAGGGUGGUGUCAAACUUGGAAUAUAGUGUUUAUGUGCAAGACAUUUAAAUAACAUCUUCUGUAAAGGGUCAUGGACACAAUUUUGUACAAAAAAAUUACUUAGGUAUUUUGUUGUUUAAUUCAUGAUUUGUUUAAAACAUAGCAACAAAUCUGACACAAAGAUGUACAUGUAUUUAAAACAUCUAAAAUUGUCAUUUUCAAAACAAGACAUGGGCCCUAUUUAUGUUUAUAGGUCAUGUGACUCCACUAUCAGCAUGGACCAAAGUUGACGACUUCGAUGAAAAAAGUUUUUACAACAAAUAUUUUCAUGUUUCUGUUCUUUCUUCUUUGCGCUUGCUUCAUCAAUUGAUUUAUCAUGAAGGUAUGUCAAAAUGUUGAAUGCUUUUGACAUACUUGUAGAAAUCUUGGUGCUCUCACCUCCACAUGUGUUUUCCUGGCUAUGACAAAUGCAAUUUUGGGAGCCAGAUUUUAUGUGAAUGCAAAGUAUAUCCUGUAUGAAAAUAUUUUUAAUCCACUUAAUUUUUAACAUAGGUAUAAUGAUCUUGAUUUCCACAACAGAAAACUCAAUUUCAAUUGAUCAAAAAUUGUGUCAUUGCCUCUUUAGAUACUAUUGGUACUAAAUUAAAACUAAAUAGACAGGUGGCCCAUUUUGCCGAUAUUGUAAAUUUUAUGCAUUCAGGAGUAGGGGUUUUGGUACUGGUGGGGCCAAAGUGGCAUCAGUAUGGGCACUUUCACAGGCAUUUCUGUUUUAAGAAUUCAUCUUGUUUUAUACUGCUGCUGAAUAUUAAAAUUUAUUUAGCUUAGAUAUGCAGAACAGGAAAUUAUAGAUUUUAUAGGGCUAGUGAUACUUUUAACAAAUACUCAGGUCAUUGAUAAGGCCUGUGGGCCUCUUGUUAAACUAUAUGUUAGAGGGAUUUGAUAGCUGUGAUCCUUGUGGCCAUCAAGGCCUUUUUCAAGUGUGUCACAUUUAAAAUCUUUUGUCCUUGACAUUCACCUUUGACCCAGUAAUCAAAGUACAAGUUUUGAACUAUAAGUGAAAGGGCUUUAAUUAGUGUGCAUAAUUUUCAUGACAAGACCUUUUCAACAGUGCCAUAUUUGAACUUUGUGAUCUUUACUUUAACAUAUUGUUUAUAAAUUCUGAAUUGUAAAUCUGAUUAAAUUCAGCUCCUCGAUCCGCUCCUCUUUUUUUUUUUUUUUUUUAAUGCCUGUGUAAGCGACAUUAAAAAUAAAGAGGAGCUGAUUUUAAUCAGAUUGCUGAAUUGUAAGUGUGGAGAUUUUGAUAUUUAGCAAGUGUAAUCCUUUUGUGGAGGCAAUUUCAAUGGUACAUAUAAUAGAAAUUAGCUGUGAUAAGUUGUGCUUUUGCCAAGGACAUUCAUGUUUCAGAUACAUUUUAUAGAUAUAAGAAUGUUAUAUAUUGCAUGUAAUAUAUGUAUAGAUGUGAUUGAGGUAGAUGGUUACUGGGAUUUAGAGUCUUGACAACAUUGAAUAUUUUACUCUGUUGGAAAAUAACACCAGGUACAUGCAUUAUUUCUUCAUAUAUUGAACUCAACAUGGUUAUUUUAUAUAUUAAGGACACUUGAUACCAAAAAAAAUGGAUGCAUGGGUUAAUGUAUAGAAAAAAAUUUGGCUUAGUUUUAAGUACAAAUAUAAUAAAAAAAAAAUUAAAAAGGGGGGGGGGGGACUUGGGACUUGAAAUUUUCUGCGAUAUAUUCAAAAGCUGAAAUACCCCUCCCUAUGUAUCUUCAAAUUUUCCCCACCAUUUUGGACUUCAAUGAGAAAUCAUGGAAAAAAUUUACAUUCCAAACAAUAAAUUGUAUUUACUUUUCCUAUUAAAACAUAAUUUUUGCAUUUGAUUUCAUCAUUUUUUUAAAAAAAGUUUCUUUGUAGCAAGUGUCAUUAAAUGAUAUCUAUGAAAAAUACAGUGUGUGUAUUUAUAUUGACUUUCUAAUGCCUGUAUUGAAAUAAAAGAAAAUACAUUGUG